CUAGCCGUAAACCCGUAUUCACCUAUUCGACAAUGGAGCGAAUUGUUUCGUCUUGUUGAAAUUGCACAAGGGACACAUGUGUAAGCGAAUACAUUUUCCCAUACCCACAGUUAUGAUCGGCAUGACUUACGUCUACGUGAAUGCGUCAUAAUGUGCAAUUGUAUACUUGUUCGCUUACGGUGUUGAUAUUUCCCAUGGAAUUUCAACAUGGAUACUUUAGCAAGUAUAAAACAACUUGUUGCGGGAAGAUUUCUUUUAGUAGUAAUUGGUGCUAGGAUUCGAUAGGGACACCAAAUUCGCCAUGAAAACUUUACUGUAUUUGGCUAUAAUUGUCAUCUGCCAAAUGGAAAAAAUAUCAAGUGGCUUGGUGUAUCCACAUUUUCCAAAUUUGAAAACUAUCUAUCAUGGACAUGGUGCGACGAGCUAUCAAAAUGUUGAAAUUCAACAUCAUGGUGACGUGCCUGUGCCAGUGAAGUCACGUGUAAACCAUGGUUAUAUACGAAACUUGUCAGGAUAUCCUGAUUAUAAUGGAGACCAUAAACUUUCAUAUGUAACUGCAAUACCGAUUACGGAUUAUCAAGAUAUUGACAGCCAGUUUGUUUUAUCAUCCGCAGCUCCAUUUGCGGAUAGCGGUGUACAUAUAGAAUUUGGUAAAGAUUCAGUUCCUAAUUAUUACGAUAAUUACGAUUUCCAUCAAGAGUAUGAAUAUCACUAAUUAUAAAGUCUAAUCACCGUUUAACUUAAC